GAGACAAGGUCGUAAUUAUUUUAACUUGAACUUGCUCAAGAUUAGUUAUGACUUCAGUUGAAGUUACUUCCCAUCCAGAUACGUUAAAAUGGGAGAAUUUAUCCAUAGAAACGUAUACUGAGACCCAAUAUACUGCUCAUUCACUCAGCAACAAUUUAUCACCUAGUUUACGACAAACUCAGCUAAAUUUUUCACCUAGUGAAAUAAAAAUAUCCAAAAGAAUUAAAGAUGGUGGCGUGUUAACUUCUCUGAUAUUAGAACAUACAGGCAAUGCAACACCUCUUGAUGAUGAUAUCAUCGCUAAAACACCUAUUAAACAAGAAUCAGUCAGUUGUGAAUUGAAUUCAACAAAUCUACAGACUACCAUUGUAUCUAGUCCUCGUAUCCUGAAACAAACUACGCUAACUGGUGCUGUAAGUCCAUUGACAGAAGAUGCCUUUAAGAAGCCGGUUAGAAAGAAAAAGGCUGGUACUGGAGCUACAAAAAAAUCACAGGUGAAGCGUUCGCACAGUGUUGAUUCAAGUCAACCAAAUGAAAAAGGCAUCACUUCACGUCAACCACCUAAUUAUAAAUCAUCAAAUGUUAGUCCAAAGAAGAAUAUACGCCUAGCUGAUAAGUCAGCCGUUGUAUCUUCCUCUAUCUUCCCUUCUGCUCUUACUGAUAUUCAACCAGACAAAUUAGUCAAUAACAAGAAUAAAUCACAAUAUCAAACACAGUUAACAUCAUAUGGGAUUAGAAGAACAGCUAGACAGUAUGCUAAAGAGAUUGAGCGUGAACGUGAAAACAAUUUCCUCCUUGCAUUAAAAAAUAAUAUUGAAGCUGGUAUGAAGAUCAUUCAUACAGAAGAUAAAGGUCGGGGAAUAAUUGCUACAAGACCAUUCAGUGAAGGUGAAUUUGUUGUUGAAUAUGCUGGCGAUUUAAUUCCUGAGAAGUUGGCAAAACAACGUGAAGCUGAAUAUAAACGUGAUCCAAAUAUCGGAUCGUAUAUGUUCUUUUUUGUACAUGCUGGUCAACGUUAUUGUGUUGACGCCACAAAAGAAACACCACGACUUGGUCGCCUAAUAAAUCACAGUCGGUUAAAACCAAAUUGUGUUGUAAAAGUCAUCCCUGUCGAUGGAAUUCCCCGGUUGGCAUUGUUUGCACGAAAACCAAUUUCUCCUGGAGAGGAAUUACUCUACGAUUAUGGUGAUCGGGAUAAGGAAACCCUUGAAGCACAUCCAUGGUUGAAAACCUAGACAAAGACGGCAUCCAGAAGAAAGUGUUCGUGUGCGUGCGCGAGCCAAAAGAUUGUCAGAUUUAUCUAUCGCAAAUAGGUAUAUUAAUUAUUAUUAUUAUUAUUAAUUGUCCACCUCUUAUUAUUAUUAUUUCAGAAGAUUAAUUCUGACACUUUUUCGUUUCGUUUUUUUUUAAUUUCUAUUUUCUUAUUCAAUGGAAAUUGUUGUGUUGCUAGUUUAUUUUUCUGUGUUUCCGUUCCGUUCCGUUCCGUUCCGUUCCGCACCGCUCCGUUCUGUUUUAUUUUUAUUUUCCAAAUAUGCAUAUGAUUGUCUUAGUGUCAGUGUUACAAUGAAUGUGUUUUACUCCACACCUACCCAAUGUCAGCGGCGUCUUCUCCAUCUUUCUCUCUUCUGGAGCAUUUUAUCGUAAUGCCAGGCAUUUAAUUAAUAUUGUUGUUAUUAUUAUUACCAUUUAUUAUUCAUAUAUAGUGAUAUUCAUAUUGUUAUAAUUGUCGGUGUUAAAGUCUUAUUUUUUUAUAUAUAUUCACAUAUAUAUAUAUAUAUACCCCUAACAUAUAUGUAUAUUAAACUUUUAUGUGUGA